GGUGGGGUAGGUUUCCUUUCAGUUAUUCUUGAAUCUAGGAGCUGAAUUCCUCUUCAUCUCCCAGAAGAAUAUUCUGCAUUUCAUCUUUGCACCGUGCAAAGACCUGAGAAGAGAAACCAGCCCAUCGGUUCAACUUCAGAACAGCCUGACACUGCAUAAUCCUAAAGGACAUUCUCACUUAAUAACCAGCCCAGCAGGAAGCAAGGAGGGUGGACGCAGGUCUCUCUGGCAGAAAGUAGAAGAGGAACUUUCUCCUCUCCGAAGCUGUGCUUCCUCUAGUUUCUCAAUUCUCCUGAAGCAAAGAAAGAGCUGCUGAGAUUGGAGGGAGACAAAAUCCAGACCCAACCUGGGAAUUUGAAUGAAAAGAAAUCAAGUGGAAGAGGUUCUCUCUAAUGAAACAGAAGGUUUCACACCAAACGGCCGUUUCAUUCCCAUCAUUACCGACAGGAAUUUCCUGAAGAGGACUCAAGUAAAAUAAGCCAUUUCUUCUUGUCGGGGUUCUUUGAAGCUCUCCGCGGCUUGAAAAAUCGCCACUGCCGUGCAAAAACUAAAAAUCACACUUUGUCUACCACAACCUUUGGAGCGAUCUCAGCAGGCAGGAAGUGAAAUGCUCUUGAAGCAGAUGGGAGCGCAGCUGCUUCGACAGGACUCGGCAAGCAUUUAGGAGAACAAGAGGUCCUUCGGAAGGUGUGAAGUCUUAGUGUUUUCUCGUCUUGAGCAUGACAGUGUAAAAAAAAAAAAAAAAAACCAAAACCCAACAACCAUCAGUGAAAUAAAAGCAUGUGCUCUUAAAAAAAACCCUGAGACAGUGGAGGGGCUGCUUUGUAACCCCACCCAUCAAGCUGCUUGGUUGGAUGAAGUAGCUAGAUCCUCACGGCCUAAGGAUCCGGAGGUGGAAGAAGAAGAGGAAGAAGAUGACUGAGGAGGUUAACCUACAUUUCCUCAAGGAACUGGAACGAGAGAUGGUCCUAGAGGUCCUAUACCGUGACCAGUUGGUCCAGAAGGUUGAGGAAGAGCGGAUAAGGAAGCUGAAACUGCAGCUGCAACAACUCCGAUGGAGGGGAGCAAAGAGCGCCAGCCAGGACUACAGUCAGAACUCCUGUGCCCGCUGCCACGAGGUCUUGGGGCUGCUGAUGAACCGAGGGGCCGUGUGCCAAGGCUGCAGCCACCGUGUGUGCUCCCAGUGCCGCCUCUUCCUGGAGAACACCCGGGUGUGGAAGUGCACCGUGUGCUUCGCCGACGGAGAUGUGAAAGCCAAAACUGGAGAAUGGUUUUUGGAGGAGCGGGCCAAGAAAUUUCCGACUGAAGGCAAACAUGAAACAACUGGUGCAAAACUCUUGAAAUCGUAUCAGAAAUUAAGCAAAAUUUCUGUGGUUCCUCCCACUCCACCUCCUUUCAGGGAAACUCAGCAUGGUGCCUACAACCAAGGGGAACUUGGCCAAACCAGAGGAUUUAAUAAGUCCAUGGAAAAUUUAUUUCUCUCUCUUACCACACAAAUGAAAAAAAUCUCCAAAUCUCAGAAUGACAUGACAACCGGCAGAGGUCUCCUAACUACCAAUUACGAGCGGAGUUUGGGCCGGCAGAACGAGAGGAGGAGUCAAUCGGACACGGCCAUCAACUUGACCAAGCAGAUAGAGUCUUCACCAAAUCUUCUCCAACUUAUAAAUCAAGAGAAUCUUAAAACCUCGACCAACAUCACUUGGAGGGGGAAAGAAGAUGGGUCAUCGAGCCCUACUCACAGCACUGUCUUUUUGGGAGGCAGGAAACAUGGAAGUUUGCUCAGCCUUAACAGCACCUGUACCGAGGCGGGCAACUUCGAAAAGGCCGACGUCACUGGAGAAAUAGAAUUUGCCAUCCGCUACAUCUUCAAAACCCGCACUUUGGAAGUCUGCAUCAAGGCCUGCAAGAACCUGGCCUACGGAGAAGAAAAGAAAAAGAAGUGCAACCCGUAUGUAAAAGCUUAUUUGCUACCUGACAAAUCAUCUCAAGGAAAACGGAAGACGAGUGUCAAAAAGAACACGGUGGAUCCUGCCUUUCAUGAGACUUUAAAGUAUCUCGUGGAUCAUGCCCAGCUAGUGACACGGUUGUUGCAGAUCUCAGUGUGGCACCGAGGGACCCUCACUCGAAGGGUGUUUCUGGGAGAAGUGCUGGUUCCUCUGACCUCCUGGAACUUCGAAGACCACACGACUCAGGCAUUCCGAUGGUAUCAGCUCAAAGCCAAGGCUGAGGGGUGUAAUGAUGACCCAGAUCAUUAUCCCGGAGAGCUGACUCCAUGGGCGAAACCCAUCACCCCGGCUAUGGGCAGCAAGUCCCGAUCUGAGAAGCUGGGGCCAGGAGGGAGCGACCACCUGCCACUCCCGAUGGACAACUGUCUGGUGACCCUAGGUGCCAGGAAUGUGCCCACGAGGUCCGAUGGUAGUCUAAACUCACUUGUUAAGGGGGUUGCAAAAUUCAUCUGCAGACAAAGGUUUAACUUAAAGGAAGGAGCAGCGAAGAGGAGGAGGAGCAGCGCUGACGUCCUCAUGGCCCUUCAGAGGUGGGGAGGAGAAAGGAACUAGAACACUACAACACACUGCUCUCUGUGACAGAAUACAGAGUUGAUCAACACAGCUUUAAACGGUCCCUUCAUGGCUGGAGUCUGAAACAUUAUUCAGUCAAACAUUGUUUUUUUAAAAAAUUAGAAGUGGUUAGAAAAGGCUGGAGGAAGAGGGGUGUAUAUACUGAAUCACAUGCAACAAUAACACUCAAAUUAAAAAACAUUACAAAUGUGAUUUUUUUUAAGCAAGUAAUCAAUUUCAUUAUUGCGGGCACCAUGCCUCUGAUUACGUAUCUUGCUUACACAAGUGUUUUUACAUAUGUAAUUUCUUUAUUCUGUAAAAGGUAACAAAAUAUACAGAACAAAACUUUCCCUUUUUAAAACUAGCAUUAGAACCCAUAUUUAUCACUUAUGUAUAUAAAUACUACUCUACAGCUAAUCAUUAAUUAAGCUGGAGUAAUACACACUGAGUGUUCAUCAGUCCUACAUAAGAAGUCCAACGAAGUAUUCCUAUUCACCUAGGCUUUAUGGGGAAAAAAAGGAUCAAAGAAUAUCCUCUAUUUCUUCCAUGUGAUCAUUGCAAGAGGAAUGAAACUGGAGGAAAGAUCACCCCACCCUACGGUGUUUAAGAGACCAGCCCUUUUCUAAAUUGUUGCCAUCUUUUAAAUCCGCCCAGAAUGGUCGAUGCAUCCCAUCUUGCAUUUUAUCCAGCAAGUAGCGAGUGUUGGGCAUUUUUAAAUCUACUUACACAAGGUACUAAAAAAAAAAAAAAAGAAAGAGAGGAAAAAAAAGAUGGCACC